AUGGCCACGACCAUGUUCGCCAAUUUCACGUCCGGCGACCGUCGCAAGAAAGUCUACGGCAAAUCCGCGCGUCGCUCCACCCUGCCGCCGCCCCUUCCUGAUUCCAACGAUGAUGCGCCGCCAUCCCCAGACCGACCGCGGAAACAUCCCGCAGCCUUGAACGGCUCGCUGAAGAAGGGCGGAGAGACAUUGAAGGCCAGCACGGGUCUGGAGAAUGCGCGCGCAAGGACCGACGAUGUCGACGUCUUCGAUGUACCCUCUGAUGACGACUUCAUGUCGCGCCCGAAGCCCGCGAAGAAGAUCGUAGCGAAACGUCGGGCACCUGAAGCAGCCUUGGAAACCUCAACUUCUUCUAGAGGGGAGGCCGUGGUGGCAUCCAAGAAGCCAGCAAAAGCUUCACAGCCAUUGCGCAAGCCUGACGAUGCGAAUACUGCCACCGUAAAGAAGACGCUGCCAACGCCCGCACAGGCACCGCCACCGCCAUCCUCGGAUACGAUCGCACCUCGGACACUACGCGGGAAGACGCCUCAGCCUGUGGGAGCACAGAAACAGACGGCAAGGGACCCGGAGUCAUCACAGAGGCCGGUGGCCAAGGCAAAGGCGUCUUCCGAGACGACGGCCGUUGCGCCGACAGCUACCAAGGCUCAGAAGAAUGCGAAGAUAACCUCGGCACUACCUGCGAAAAAGACGGCAGGAAAAGCUCUUGCCAAACCGACCGAUGACCUCGCUGUGUUCGAUAUACCGAUGUCGGACGAAGAGGCUCCGCCAACUGUCAAAAAGAUCUCACGUCAAGCUCCGCAGACAGCACAUAAAGAGCCUCCCGGGAAGUCCAAGACAACAUCGGAAGAGUCUCACAAGGACACUACCGAGUCGGACGAGUCGAAUGCAUCGAACAAGCGAAAGCGCAAAGGGUCUAUGUCGUCCACUGCCACAGUGGCUACGCCAGUGGUACAACAGACGACUGAACAGACGGCGCAUCAGCGGAGCCGGAAGGUUCAGAAGAACGAAGAAAGUGCUUCACCGGGGCAUGCAUCACUAUUGCAGCCCGUCGCAGGCGCAACACGGAAAACGCAACCGCCAGCGCUGGCACUCAACAAACCGACAAGGACGAGGCAACGUACCGUACCCGUCAUGGCACCGCGAAAGAUGGUCAAGGGCCAGUCCUCUCCUGCUACUCUGAGCGGCAUGAUACCGAAUCGCCAGGCCCCCAGGCCAUCUCCUGUCAAGAAAAUCCCAGACGUGCCUGAGAUGGAAGACGAGACUAUGUAUGACAUACCAGAUCCGUUGACCACCCCUGUUCGGAAAUCCAGACCUGUCGUACCUGGCUCCGUGACACCGCGACAGAGGGAUCUCUUCAGCGGCUUGCUAAGCGAUUCAUCGUCCUCUGCUACACCAAUGCCAAGCCUGGCGAACUUACAGCUGACGGAUCGCAAACCGAGAUCACUUAUCGGUAACCUGGCAAGAUCAAAGUCUGAUGUCACUCACAGUGCCAAGGCCCGUAAGAGCAGACUCAUUGACACUCUUAAACCAACCGAGACCAGCUCGGACGAUGACGAAGAAGACAGCAGCAGCGAUGGUGGAGAAGAGUCUGAAGCAAGCUCAAAACAUCCCUCGUCUGCAAGAAGAUCUGUACGAGAAGUCGGAAAAGAGCAAGCUUCAACGGCGUCCUCUGACGACAUGGAUGUGGACAAGCAAGCGAAUGUGGACUCACAAACAUCGCAGACAACGUCUGGUUUCGGCAUGCGUCCAAAGCUCACUUACGCAAUGGCGCGUUCGUACCUAAAGGAAGACAAUCCAGAGGAUGACCUACUGAUCUCGAUGGAUCUAGACGAUGGCUUUGGGUCUCAGUCCCAGAUGGAUACCAGAUCUGUAUCCGAGGAUGACCCCGAGCAGAACAGUCAAGCACAGGCUCAACAAAUUCACGAGCUCAAGACACGGGGGCGUAACAUGAUCAUCGGAUAUGAGAUCGAAAUGAUGAUCGGAGACAUAUCCGUUACCAACAGUAAGAGUAUGAGGCGUAGCGCAAUGAUCGAUCUGUGCACCAAGAUGGCCGAUGAGACGUUCUGUCAUCAGCUUGUCGACUCGGCUCUGGCCCAUCAGUUCUUCCAGAACAUCGCUGGCGGUCGCGAGAUUAUCUUCGACUUUGUCGCUGCCGUCGCCACAGUAUUUAUCCUCCGUACCAACCCUACCCACUCUGUCCUAGACGAGUUACAGGAGACCGGCAGUUUCGCUCACUUGAUCGAGCUAGCCAGCAUUGAUGCGGAUAUCAAGGAGAUCGCCAAAGAUCGCAAGUCGAACAUGUCUAAGAUUGCUAAGGAAUCGGUAUUCACGUUUCGCACCCUAGUCCAGCAAAGCUCUAUCUGGUCAUCCAGCGUAGUACAGAAGAUAUCUCCCCAGCUUGUCGCGCUGAAAGCUAUCGAGCUGCUCAUCAUUGGUAUGCGGAAGGCUGGCAAUGCUGAUAAGCUACUUGAUCAAACGAUGAUCUCCCAGCUCGUUGAGAUUGCCUCGAUAUCGAAUGACCGGUUGCAAUCGGGCAAGGAAGGAAGCGCGGACAAAAUCCAAGCCUCCUGGCCGACUGGUGUGCUUCAGCGUAUUGCGGGCUUUAUGCCUCGGUUCUUCCAGCCUGACAGCGCUGCAUCAACUAUGCUCGCUGUCAGGCUAUGCAUGAACCUGACGAACAACAAGCCAAAGGCUUGCCAGCCGUUCUCAGCAAUGGCUUUUGUGCAGCCGUUGACGCAUUCCAUCGUUGGAAAGUUUGAGUCGAUCAGUACGGGGCUAGCAACGGAAAAGCGGACAGAGGUUUUGGAUAGUCUCAUCUUGAGCUUGGGUGCUUCCAUCAAUCUUGCGGAGCUGAGCGACGAGAUGAGGCUUAAUGUCGCUGAUCAGAUUGACGCUCUGGUCGCCAUCUUCCUGGAGGGAUCAAAGCGUGCUUCACAGGCUGCUUCUAUGGAAGAAUCGCAUUCUGGUGUAGCCAUUGGAUAUCUUGCCGUGCUCCUUGGUAAUCUGAGUCUCAACGACCAGAUAAGGGCAAAGGUCCGCACGCUGCUACCGAACAAGCGACUUGACACCCUUGUCGAUAGCAUCAAGGAAUUUGUCCGUGUGCACCAACACGUUGACCAGAAGGCAGGAAAUCUUGAGGGAACAGAGGGUCAAGAGGCUUUGCAGUCCUACACGGCGCGCCUCAUGCUUGUCGUGGAACGGUUACAGAAUGCGAGCACUUGA